CGCGACAUUGCGACAGAGCCGUAAAGGCGCCCGGCAGUGGGGCAUGGCGCUGUACGCGGCGGCGGCGGCGGUGCUGGCUGGUGUGGAGAGCCGCCAGGGCUCCAUCAAAGGACUGGUGUACGCUAGCAGUUUCCAGAACGUGAAGCAGCUGUACGCGCUGGUGUGCGAGACGCAGCGCUACUCUGCGGUGCUGGACUCGGUCAUCUCCAGCGCCGGCCUCCUCCGCGCCGAGAAGAAGCUCCGGCCGCACCUGGCCAAGGUGCUGGCGUAUGAGCUGUUGCUGGGAAGAGGCUUUAGAGGGGGCGGGGGCAGAUGGAAGCCUCUGCUGAACCGACACCAGGCCCGGCUGAAGGCUGAGUUGGCCCGGCUGAAGGUCCGUCGAGGUGUGAGCCGGAAUGAGGACUUGUUGGAAGUGGGAUGUGGGCCUGGCGCAGCCUCCCAGGUGCCUCGGUUUGUGCGGGUGAACACGCUCAAGACCUGCUCUGAGGAUGCAAUCGAUUAUUUCAAGAGACAAGGUUUCUCGUACCAGGGCCGGGCUUCCAGCCUUGAGGACCUAAGGGCCCUCAAAGGGAAGUGUUUUCUUCUGGAUCCCUUGUUGCCAGAGCUGCUUGUGUUUCCUGCCCAAACAGAUCUGCAUGAACAUCCACUGUACCAAGCAGGCCACCUCAUCUUACAAGACAAGGAAGAUCUUUGCCUUUGACCUGGAUGCCAAGCGGUUGGCGUCUAUGGCUACUCUGCUGGCACGGGCUGGAGUCUCGUGCUGCCAGCUCGCCGAAGAGGACUUUCUGGCAGUUUCACCCUCAGACCAGCGUUAUCGUCA